AUGUCGACAUCCAUCUAUGAAAUGUUCCCUCCUGGCUCGGUGGUGUUAGCCAAGCUGAAGGGAUAUCCAGCAUGGCCGUCCAUGGUGAUAUCGCCUGAGAAGAUCCCAAAGCCAAUACUUGAGGCAAAACCUACUAGAUUAGCCAACAGGAAACGAACGCGUCAAGCAUCUCCGUAUGAAGAAGACAUGAUCUGCACAAGGUUUUUCCAGGACGAUAACUACAUGUGGUGUUCUCCCGCCGACAUUUUGGAGCUAACCAAGGAUGAGAUCGAUACUUUUUUGAAUAAACCACGAAUCACCAAUAAGAUCUUGUUUUGGGCGUACCAAUUAGCUAGCGAUCCUCCUUCUCUGGAUGAUUUCGUCAAGUACGGAAGCUACAAGCAAGGAGACGAUGAAGACCCAGAUUUUGACGUGGUGGAAGGUGGUGAAGCAGGAACCUCUGAUUUGGUUGAAGUUGAUGAUGAGGAUGACGAUGUAGAAUCACUCGAUACUGAAGAUGAACCUCCAAGGAGAAGAAGCCGUGCCAGGGCAGCCACCAAAACUGCCGCAAAGCCAGCUAGAACGACUAGAGCCAGAUCUACUAGGGCUAAAUCGAAAGUAACAAAACCAACAUCUAAACGUUCAACAAAAGCUAAGACAGCCAAAGAAACGAAGGCUCGGUCCAAGCGUCAAGCUCCACCGCCUCCACCUCCCCCAAAGAAGAAACCUGCAAAACCUCCUGCUCCCAAAUUUGACUCUGAUUGGGGAAUCGAGGAAGGUAACGACUCGCCUGAUGGUUUGGAGGAGUACUUGGAAGUUAUUGAGAACGUACCUUCAGCUCCAGCAUUGGUCAAACAAACGGCUACACUUAGACCCCAAUUACUGAAAAUCAGAGUCACACUGCAGAAGAACUUUUUAGGCGAUACCCCACCGCAUAAUCAGGAUGUCAAAGCAUGCCUAGACAAAUUACAACGCCUGAGCGCGUCAUUAGGAGGAUUAUUACCCCCCAACCUCAUUCGAUCUACCAACUUGCACAGGGUUGCUGGUGCCAUCGUACACCAUGGCCUGGCUGAUAAGAGAACCAUAUCACGGUUGACCAAGCAAUUGGCUUUGUAA